AUGUUGGCAGGAGGAAUAUGGUGUGUGUACGAUGCUCCAGGAUACUGCCCUUAUUAUUCUGCAAUUUGGACAUCAGUAUCAUAUCUCGUAAAUUCCUUGAUAGGUACGAUAGCUGGCAAGCGUGCUACAAUAAAUUUUUUCGUUGCUUAUUUGGUUCUGUCAUUAGUAUGCAUGAUGAUGUGUACAGUCAGCGCUGCAAUUUCUGCUAGAAAUUGGCAGCUGACUGGUACUUACCAGCACCCUAAAAUUGAUCGCAAUCAAGCAUUUUGCGUGAUUGGUGAGCAUGACAUUCCACGCUUACGAUAUAUUUUCACGCAAGUUAAUCGGUAUGAUUUCAAACAAUGCUUAUUUCAGUUAAAAAUAGGCAUUGCUAUCAAUACUCUACAGUUUAUUGUUGCUAUUAUACAAGCUAUGCUUUGUUUUGUUUCGUCUAUUAUGUGUUGUAAACGAAUAUGCACGAAGUGUUUUGGGGCACAACUUUGA